AUGAAGGCGCAAGUUCUCGAAGCGUUCAACCAGCCGUACACGUUGCGGACGGAUUUCCCGGCUCCACCCGCUCCGGAAGGCUACGAAAUGCUCGUCCGCGUCCUCGCCGCUUCGUACUGUCAUACCGACGCCGUGUUCGCGUCGGGGGCCAUGCAGCAGGAUCUCCCGCGGGUAGGAUCGCACGAGUUCGCGGGGACGGUGGAAGCCAUGGGCACGGAAGCCGAAAAAGUGGCCAAGCAUAGAGGGCUAGUCAAGGGCCAGCUGGUCGGUGUCCCGGGACGAGCGUUUCGAUGUUGUGGCGAAUGUGCCGAGUGUACAGACAACGGGGGUGACGAGCCCGGAUAUGGAGUCUGGUGUUCGCGCGCAGGAAACCUAGGACUGUCGCGCGAUGGCGGGUUCCAGGAGUACUGUCUCGUCGACGUGCGGCAGGUGGCGCGGGUCCCGGAGGACCAGAACAUGCGCGCCGUCGAUGUCGCGCCGCUCAUGUGUGCCGGGGUCACAGUGUGGAAUGCGCUAGAGACGGCCGGUGUCGACGUUUCAGGUGCUGGAAGCGGGAACUGGAAUGGGAAGGGCAGGUCGAUUGCAAUUGUCGGUGCGGGCGGCGGACUGGGUCAUUUGGGAGUCCAAUUCGCUGCGAAACUCGGAUGGCAUGUCGUGGCGGUCGACACGACACCUGUGAUGGAUAUGUUGAAGGAAGUGGUUGCCGAGUUGGGCGAUGACGGUGCGAAUGUCACAGUCGUGGAUGCUUUGAAGGAGUCGGUGGAGGACGUCAAGAAGCGUAUCUUUGGCGAAGCCCCCAAGGGGCGCGAAGGCGAGAACGGGUGCGAUGCUUCUCUGACCCUGCCGGAGUCGCAGGCAGCUUUCGAUUUCGGGAUGGGCGUCAUCAAGAACCACGGGACUUGUGUCUGUGUCAGCUUCCCCAAGGAUGGGUGGCGCUUCAAGCCCGGCGAUCUGGUCUUUCGACAUAUCAAACUGCUGGGCAUCCUGACGGGGCGUAACCACCAGUUGCAGGCCAUGGUCAAUUUUGCCGCCAAGAACGGUGUCAAAGCGAAGAUCCGGAGGUAUCCCUUGGAGAGGCUCAACGAGCUGGUGGAGGAUUAUCACCGCGGCGUGGGCGGUAAACUGGUCGUUGAUAUGACACUAGAGCCAUGA